GAGGACGGAGAGACGGGGAAGAUGGCGGCCAAGUCGGACGGCAUGCUGGGGGUCGGCUCUGGGUUCGCCCAGCUCCACAAUCUGGACGAGUCGGCGGCGGCGGCCAUGGGGGAGGACAGGGGGGACGGGGACCCCCGGGAGAGCAGCUCCUUCCACAUCUGUCACUGCUGCAACACGUCCUCCUGCUACUGGGGCUGCCGGAGCGCCUGCCUGCGCUCCCUGCUGGGGAGAGGGGCCCGGGGGCCCGCGGGGGCCGGGGAGGGGGGCCACCGCCAGGGGGGCCAGGCUGGACAGCCCCAGCCGGCCAAGGGGGAGCGGGCCUGGCUGGACUGCCUGUGGAUAGUGCUGGCCCUCAUGGUCUUCUUCUGGGAUGUGGGCACCGACCUGUGGCUGGCUGCGGACUAUUACUCCAACAGGGACUACCUGUGGUCCUCCCUCACCCUGCUCUUCGUGCUGGUGCCCUCGGUGCUGGUCCAGAUCCUCAGCUUCAGGUGGUUCGCCCAGGAUUACUCCGGGGGUGGGCUGGGGGCGGUGGAGGGGCUCAGUAGCAGGGGACCCCCAAUGAUGGGGACUACUCACCACCACUACCACCGCCACCAUCACCACCUGUACUCCACCAGCAGCCCUGGAGCGAACAGGUUCUGCAGGAUGUCUGUCUGGAUCUGGCAGUCUGUCAUUCACAUCCUGCAGAUGGGACAAGUGUGGAGAUACAUUCGAACCAUGUACCUGGGCAUUCAGAGCCAGAGGCAGAAAGAACAUCAACGUCGGUUUUAUUGGGCUAUGAUGUACGAAUAUGCAGAUGUCAACAUGUUGAGACUCCUGGAGACCUUCCUAGAGAGCGCUCCACAACUGGUGCUACAACUCUGCAUAAUGAUCCAAAAGAACCGUGCAGACACCCUCCCAUGUGUAUCCUCUGUGGCCUCCCUGAUGUCCCUUGCUUGGGUGCUAGCCUCCUAUCACAAGCUCCUACGGGACUCCAGGGACGAUAAGAAGAGCAUGAGCUACAGAGGGGCGCUCAUCCAUCUUUUCUGGCGACUUUUCACCAUAUCAUCGAGAGUUAUCUCUUUUGCCCUCUUUGCUUCAAUCUUCCAGCUCUACUUUGGGAUCUUUGUAGUUGUCCACUGGUGCGUCAUGGCCUUCUGGAUCAUUCAUGGUGGGACAGACUUCUGUAUGUCCAAGUGGGAGGAGAUCCUCUUCAACAUGGUGGUAGGGAUUGUGUACAUUUUCUGCUGGUUUAACGUCAAAGAAGGCCGGACUCGAUAUAGAAUGUUUGCUUAUUACACUGUUAUCCUGACGGAAAACGUUGCCUUGACGUUCCUUUGGUACUUUUACAGAGAUCCUGACACAACUGAUUCCUAUGCCGUGUCAGCACUGUGUUGUGUUUUUCUUUGUUUUGCUGCUGGGAUAGUGUUCAUGCUUCUUUAUUACGGCGUGCUGCAUCCCAUGGGGCCACGCGCUAAGAUAUUUGCCAGCUCCUGUUGCGCCGAGCUGCUCUAUGGCAUUCCUUUGCCCCCUGAUGUUGAGCCUAUGGCACCUCAAACUCCAGGGCACCGGGGGGCACAGGCAACGCCAACCAGAGCAGUGUCGGAGCAACAAGAUGACCUAACAGCUGACACAUGCUUGCCCGUUUUUCAGGUGAGACCAACGGUGCCAUCUACUCCAACUGGGCGCCCUUUUUAUCCCGAGGGGCCGCUCAUUAAGAUCGACAUGCCAAGAAAAAGAUAUCCAGCUUGGGAUGCACAUUUCGUAGACAGACGGUUAAGAAGGACUAUCAACAUUCUUCAGUAUGUCACCCCCACAGCUGUAGGUAUUAGAUACAGAGACGGUCCUCUCUUAUAUGAAUUGCUACAAUACGAGUCUUCUCUAUAA